GAAAAAAGUUGAACUAUCAUCAAACAUAAAAUAAUUUUAAAACAUCAAAAUAUCGUGUUUAUAUUGCUUACUUUCAAGGUAAUCCUCUAAAUACAACAUCUUUGACACUUGAUUAUUCUCGUAACACUAAUUAAGAAAAAUGCAACGAAUGAAAUUAACCAGUUUCUACCUGAAACUUAAUGAAUUGAAGGAAUAUGAUCAGGCAAAGCAGGAGAGACAGCAAGCUAGUCAAAAAGAGGGUGGUUCACACGCAAUGACAGAGAUUCCAGCUGAAAAAUUAAACAUUAGAGCUACCAAAACAAAGCAGGAGAUUCAUACAAGAAUUGGAUUUAAUGCCAACGAAUCAACAUGACUGAGCACUUAAAUACUUUAGUUUUAUACUGAUUUAGAUGGUUUUGAGGAAAUCAGUGGGUUAAUUAAGGCUUACUUUUAAUAAACUGGAUCUUUUUGCAAAAGGUCCGUUCCGUUGAAAACUCAUUUUGUUCGAAAACUGUAAAAUUGUCAUAAUUCACUAAUUUGUAAUAGAAUGUCAUUAAACAUUUAAUCAUUACAU